GCAGCCGCAGCAGCAGCAGCAGAGCACGCAGCAGUCGCGUCUGUCCACAGUGACGAAGCUUUCGCCGAGGAAGCCGCCGAAGGCCAGCUGCUCGAAGAACCGCGCAGCCACCACCCCCGCCGCCACAGCCAAGUGCGUGGUGAAGUCCGCGGUGCGAACGAAGACCAAACCGAAGCCAAAGCUCACGCUGGCGCCCUACGAGAUAGCGCUGGAGCUGCCCAAUGAGUCGCCGGCCGCCAGCCUGGCCAUGGGCGUGGCCCAGAGUCACUCGCAGCAGGCGAGCAGCCUGCAGAAGCUGCCAACCUGCGACGAGCAAUUCCACUCCUCGGGCAUCUCCUGCAACGGCGAGACCGACGACGAUGUGGAGGUGGCCAUGCUAACGGGCAGCCUGAGCGCCGCGCAGUUGUCCAGGCUGCAGCAGGGACAGCAGCCAGUGGCCAGCCGCUCCUUGGCGCUGUCCCUGCCGGUCAGUGAUUUGCGCAAUUUGAAUCUGUGCAGAAAUCGCAACGCCCUCUGGCUGCACAACAAGGACACGGAGCAGCUAAUCAAAGCGGACCGCAAGGAUGCGUUUUGUUACUUCAAUCGGGCCAUUGCCGAUGAUAUACAGCUAAGCGAUAUUGAAGAACAAUUGGCCAGAUUUGAUGGCCACUCAAAGAGGCCGCAACAGGCACAGGCACAGGCACAGCCGCCAGCGACAGCAACAGCUACAGUCAGAGUCAUGGGAGUAGGAGCGCCAGCGGCAGCGGCAGCGGCAGCCAAAAUCACUCAAACCGGCCAGCAAGUACUCUGCAAAUACAAGCCCACGCCCGCACCUCGCUCGAGUGGCAAGCAACAGUGCAACAUGAAACAGUCGGGGCAGGGGCAAACACUGCCCAGCAGCAGCUACUACACACAAACGGAGAGCGAGUUGCUGCAGAUUGAGGCAGGCGGCACAGGGCUGACAUUUGUGGCACAUCGCCACAGCGAGCUGGCGGCCAGCAGCAGCUCCCAGCUGCAGCUGCAGCAGGCAUCGCUGAGCAGCAAUGUGGCAUCCACGGCCACGUCCAGCAACCUCGAUGUGCCCUCAGCCGGCAGCAGUGGCAGCGGCAGUCACUUUGUGUCGCCCCUCCAGCGACGCCACUGCCAGCCGCCCAGUCAUCUGCCACUGAACUCGGUGGCUUCGCCGCUGCGCACGGCCGCCAGCUACAAGACGGCAGCCACAGCAGCGGCUGUUGGAGCGAAUCCAGUGGCUGCCGCCGGACACCCCGGCUACCAUCACAGCCAUCACCAGCAACUGGACUUUCAGCGCAACUCGCAGUCGGACGAUGACAGCGGCUGUGCCCUGGAGGAGUACACAUGGGUGCCGCCGGGUCUGCGGCCAGAUCAGGUUCGCUUGUACUUCAGUCAACUGCCCGACGACAAGGUGCCCUACGUCAACAGUCCCGGCGAGAAGUAUCGCGUGAAACAAUUGCUGCACCAGCUGCCGCCGCAAGAUAACGAAGUGCGCUAUUGCCACUCGCUGAGCGACGAGGAGCGCAAGGAGCUGCGCAUCUUCUCGGCCCAGCGGAAGCGGGAGGCUCUCGGCCGCGGUGCCGUCCGGCUGCUGUCCGACGAGCGACCCUGCAAGGGGUGCGAAGACUCUCUAUCGGGCGGCGACAUUGUGGUCUUUGCUCAGCGUUUGGGCGCUCAACUGUGCUGGCAUCCGGGCUGCUUUGUGUGCAGCGUGUGCAAGGAGCUGCUGGUGGACUUGAUCUACUUUCAGCGGGAUGGGAAUCUCUACUGCGGUCGCCAUCACGCCGAGACACAAAAGCCGCGCUGCUCGGCAUGCGAUGAGAUCAUCUUCUCCGACGAGUGCACUGAGGCGGAGGGUCGCACGUGGCACAUGAAGCACUUUGCGUGCCAGGAGUGCGAGCAUCAGUUGGGCGGGCAGCGGUACAUCAUGCGGGAGGGGAAGCCCUACUGCCUGGGCUGCUUCGACACGAUGUUCGCGGAGUACUGCGACUACUGCGGGGAGGUGAUUGGCGUGGAUCAGGGCCAGAUGAGCCACGACGGCCAGCACUGGCAUGCGACGGAUCAGUGCUUCAGCUGCUGCACGUGCCGCUGCUCGCUGCUGGGGCGACCGUUUCUGCCGCGGCGCGGCACCAUCUACUGCUCGAUCGCGUGCAGCAAGGGCGAGCCGCCGACGCCGUCGGACACGAGCUCCGGGCCACAGCUGCGGCCCACACAUCGCGCCUCCACCUCCAGUCAAAUUGCGCGCUCGCCACGACGCAGCGGAGAGCGGGACAGGGAGCGGGAGUCCGCGCGGAAGGGCAACCAUGGACAUGGGCAUCCGGCCAAGGGCACGGGCAGCGCGGGCGAUCUGCUGGAGCGGCAGGAGCGCAAACGUAUGGAGGCAGCGGCCGGCGUGGCCGAUUUGCUGCUGGGCGGUGGAGUGCCAGGCAUGCCACGGCCCGCCCAUCCGCCGCCUAUCGACCUCACCGAGCUGGGGAUCAGCCUGGACAACAUUUGUGCGGGCGACAAGUCCAUCUUUGGGGACAGCCAGCUGACCUCCUCCAUGCCGGACAUGCUGCUGUCGAAGGCGGAGGACUCGCACAGCUACCAGAGCAUCGACAAGAUCAACCUGAACUCGCCGAGCAACUCCGAUCUGACGCAGAGCACCCAGGAGCUGGCCAACGAGCUGGAGCUGGACAACGAGCCGGUGCGAGAGCUGCCACAUGACGGGGAUGGCUACGAGCAGCUCUUUGCCAACAAUCGCAGCACGAAGGAGGAGGAAGACGGCGAGCAGCUGGACAAUCGACCGCCGCUGAAGGAGGUGCGCUUCCACAGCGUCCAGGACACCAUGUCGCGCUCCAAGAGCUACACGGACAACUCCAACGCGCGCCGGCGGCGACGACGUCGCAACCAGUCGCGCAGCUCCUCGGAGAUGCAGAUCAACCAAACGAAUCUGCGACUGCACAACGCACAGAACCAGCCGCCCCACGGCGCCCACAAUCUGCUGAACAAUCUGGACAACUGCGAUGUGGCGAGCAUCUGCUCGACGUGUUCCUCCAGCUCCUCCAGCGACAUGGACGACUACGUCUACCGCCUGCCCGCACGCAAGCACUACGGAGGCGUCCGCGUGGCCUACGUGCCCAACGAUGCCCUCGCCUACGAGCGCAAGAAGAAGCUGGCCCAGGACCCAGCGCUGGCAGCAGCUGCCGCGAACGCUGUCAACGGUGUGCCGGGCAUCAUGCACGAGAGCAAGAACUGCACAAUAUCAUGACCACCUCCCAUACUGCCACCGCCGCCCUUCAACCUGAGCAGCUACUACAUUCUGGACACCAUACUGGAGGAGCAGCAGAGCCUGAUGCUGCCGGAGAAGAAGCCCGGCUGCCUGCGUCGCGUGUGGAAUUUCUUUGGACUGGGCAGGCAGCGGCUACAGCACAGCAGCAAUGGAAGGCUGUACAGCGUCUAGGCGGGGAUAGGACUGGGGAUUGUAAAUAACAUAUCGAAAUGUAUUAUACACAGACGAGACAUAUGACAUCAUCGAGGAGGAGUGAAGUGAAACCUUGUACAAAGUUAAAACCUAUAUCAUAUUUUGCAUUUACAUAAACCUAUCUAAACAUUAUAUACAGUCUAGGCAUUAUCAUAACUAAUUAGGUAUUCUAGUGUUAGAUCUAAGACGAUCCAGAGACCACAAUCAACGAACAAUAAACUUCAACGAAUAAAAAUCCACUCGAAAUGGCCAACGAAAGAAUCUCCCCCGAAAAGAGUGAAAGUCCAAAAGAGAACUCGACAAAAAGCAAAACAGAAAUCUUCCAAUAACCAAAUUUUUACAACAUUUGCAGUUUCCAAUUUUAAGCUGAAGAAUUCUUUUGUUUUGUUUGCCAAAAUGUGUUUUUGUUUUAUGUAAUUUGGCAGCUUUCACCCGAGGCAGCCAGCGUGAAAGGGAAACUAUUAUGUAAAACUCUUCAUGUCCAG